UUCAACCAGAAGAUACAAGUUGUUUUCUGGCUUAGUUCUGCUGGAAGAAAUCUCUUUUUGUUUCAUGCAGCUGGCAGGUAGACAAUUAAAUGAAAGCCAGAGGUUUUGCUUUUGCUCACCGUUAUUGAUCUGUUAUAUACUAAAAACUACACUGUUCACUCUGGCUACGAGAUAAUGAGCUGAUCAUGUAGUUUGUUCUUUUCCUCAGGAUGUUUUCUCUAGACUCUAGGGAUGGAUAUCUGCUGCAAGCCUGCAACGCGUGCACAUCUUGCACGCUCGGGCAGAUUCUUUGCUUCUGGUAAUCGCAACAUGACAGCAUGGCAAAACGCUAAUUAUUCAGAAGCUGCAUAUACAAUGCUCUAACAAACUGGCAGAAACAUGUGGAUGAUCGCCGGAGGCUAAGCUGCGACCAUGGAAGCACUGGAGAGCUGUGUAAUGCUGGGACCCCAUCAGAAUCUGGUGAUUAAACACGGCUUGGGAGUUGGGAGCCUUGAGGUGAGUAAAGUCAACUAGCUGUUCACUCAUCCACAGGCAACUUAUUCAUCUAAACCUCUGGAUCAGAUGCUAAUCUCACCGCCCUUCACCCGUGCGGGCGAGUUUGCCACCGACGAAGCGGACAUGACAGCCUUGUAAUCAAGCUCCAUCAGCGACAAGAUCCUUGGGUAGCUUCAAUUGCAGUGCAAGAGCACUCAUUGCACAUGAGAAUUAUUCUUGCUGUCUGCUUGUUCAGCUGUUCAAUUGCUUCCACCUCUUUCGCUAUAUAAAGAGGGAAGCCAAAGCCAGGAGAAGACACCAUUGCAGCAGCUUGCCUUCUCUUCUCUUCCAUUUCAAGAGAAAACAAGCUUCACAGCCUUAGCUUCCCUUACAAGCAUGGCCUUCCAUCUGAGAUCCGCAAGCGUGCCCUCAAGCCCUCGCUCCAACAAAACCAGCAUUGAGGAAGAGCUGCUGAGCCUGAAGGCGAUCAUCUCUUCUUCUUCUUCAACUGUUGAAACCAUGUGCCAAGGUUUCACCAAGCUUGGGAGCAUCUACGACUGCAUCGAUGAGCUCACAUCCCUGCCCAGCGGCCAGCGUCAGCAGAGGAAGGCAGUAGAAGAGGAGCUCGAGCGCUCUCUCAUCUUGCUUGACCUCUGCAACGCCUUGAAAGAGAGCUUCCUGGAGCUCAGGUCCAUUGUUCAGGAGAUGCAGCUGGUUCUGAAAAGAGGAGGCAAUGCGGCUGUUCAGGCAAAGUUUCAGUCUUACAUUCAAUCGGCCAGGAAGGCGCAGAAGCAGUUCAAGAGGAUCAGUAACAAGGCUGCUUCUGACAAGGAGGGAUGCAGAUUAGUCAAGCUGUUGGCUGAAGCGAGGGAGAUUGCUAUGUCGAUGCUCGAAUCGACAUUGCAUCUCCUGUCAAAGCAGAUUGCGAUGCCCAGUGCUAGCAAGUGGUCUCUUGUCUCCAAGGCAUUGCAGAAGAAGAAAAUUGUGUGCGAGGAGGAGCAGUUGCAGGUGUUGGAGUUGAACAUUGUUGAUCUUGAGAGUGGAGUUGAGACUUUGUUCAGGACAUUGAUCCAGAGCAGGGUUUCUCUUCUAAAUACUCUUAGCUUGUAGAUCAUACAACUCUGACCGCCUGCGAUUGGCAUCCACCUUUUAGAGGAUUGGCUGAUCGUCCAAACAAUUUUGGAUGCACAUGUAUAUGAGAAAAAAUGUACAGAAAAAUACUCAA